UCGAAUGCUCGGGUAAACAACAGUGAAGCAUUCUUAGCGGCGAGCUUUACGACUUGUGCAUCAUGCUAGAUAUUCAAAGCGGGUAAAUAUUUACAACGGUCGUCUGCUCAACUAAACAGGACGAUGUAUUUAGGCCGAUAGCGUGGUCAGGUUAAUAACUGCGUGGACUAUAUAUAUACCUCCAGAUUCUGACUGUCAUCUUCAGAGGACACGAAGGGCCGAGGCCUGGUAUAAGCGAGUGAUUUAAGAUGAUAUGGGCAAGGAAAAGAGGUGUCAAUACGAGGUGGACCGCAGACACACGAGUAGAAAACACGAGAAGAAGAAAGAAUCCCGAGAACAGAUCCGGAAAGGACUUGGCGCCUGCAUAUUCGUGCUGGGGAUACCCUUCGUAAUCGCAGGACUUAUCAUAACGAUUGUUGCGUACACCAACGAUGACGCCUCGGUCCUACCUGGUUCGUUCCCCGUGCUCGGGCCGGUGCUCAUUGUCCUGGCCGUGUUCUGCUUCGUCAUCGGCGGCAUCAUGACCAACAUGAUCUGUGUCGUCGAAUGCUGCCAGUCCUGUCCUCUGAAUCGGUCGAGUCAAUUCUGCUGGAAGAAUUGUCCAAAGCUGUUCUCCAUAAUGUACCCGGACGAAGUCGUGCGCAUCCAGCAAAUGAACGCCGGUCUAUCGGCUCUGCAGACGGUUCCAUCCAAACCGGCUCUAAAGCGCCCAGUAUCCAGCAACAACCCCAACGAAGCCAAACCUCAUCAUCCAAAACAUGGGGUGCAUUUCACACCCAAUGAGAGCUACGAUGGUGCAAGGACGUCUACGUCAUCUGACCCCAAUGACCUCCCAGUGCUGUCAGAUGCAGACGAGGGUCAGAGGAAUUCGUCAUCUUCUUCUGUCCUGUCUCUACGUCACUUCCGGAUUGGUCCGUCGGAGGAAACCACGUGGGUGGAGUUGCGUCACGCAGCACCGGUGCUCGAGCACGUGUCAUUUGAAUAUGUAACGGAAUACGGUAGUCUCGUCAACGGCGGAAAUAGUGCUUACAGCCAAUCACAGACAGACUGCACUAAUACAGUCCAAUCAACCGUUAAGCAUUCUGACAAUCACAAUGGUGGAAUUACGGAACCAAAGUGGAAAAAGUGUGAUGAAAUGGUUUUGCAGACUGUUGUUUCUUAUGUUUAAGAUAGUCAUGAUGAAUGAAGUGUUAAUUAUAGUGUUUUAGCUUAAUACCUGAUGAAGAUAAGUCAUUAUGAAUAUGAGUGAAGUCUUUAAUUAUAUGGUUUACUUGCUGCGUAAUACAUAUCAGUAUUUAAUUAUUAUGAUUCAUAUAAUUUUACACGUAUUUUCUCAUGUAAUAUUAAGUCAUAUUGAAAGCUGUUUUUUUAAAAUAGUAAUUUCAAUACAGAUACCAUUUUGUUUUGUGUUUAAGGCUGCUGAACAAGACAAUAAUGUAUUAUAGGUAUCUAUCUAUCUAUAUUUGAACUGGUUUAGCUUUAUUUUACUAUAAUGUUGCUUGUUGUUUUUGAGGGGUGGUUUUUUUAUAACAAUAUUACAUUAUGACUCGUCUUGUAAUAUCCGCAGUUAAAGCUCGUCUGUAAUGGCACAAUAUCAUUUUCAUAGACGAACGGACAUACGAGACACCGCCCUCCAUUCAUUCUUUUGUUUAUUCAUUCCUUCAGUUAUUAAUUAACUGAUUUGAUUUAUGUACGUGCUUACACCCUACCUCAUAUUAAAACAUGACAUUAUGACCACAUACUUUAGCUAUGUGGGCUAAUAUAUAUCCAGAACGGUUAUAAUGGCUAGUUUUUUACCGACUGAGAGAGGUGAUGAUGCAGUGACCUUAAAACCUAAUGAUGACUUAAUCACUAUAUCACCGGUGAUGGCACACACUCUUGUAAGUAUUUAUUUCCGUGCGUACACCCACCUGAUAUUAAAACACCAUAUUAUGGGCACAUACCUCCGCUAUCUGGGCUAAUAUCCAGGACGAUUAUAAUGGCUAGUUGUUACUGACUCAGAGAGGUGAUGAUACAGGGGCCUUAAAACCUAAUGAUGACCUAAUCAUUACAUCACUGGUGAUGGUACACACUCUUGAAGGAUUUAGAGAAUAUUAAACGAGCUUCCAUUUCGUAUCAAGUUUAUGUCCAGAGUGAAAUAUUUUUCAGUUGUCAUGACUAGGUAAUUACCAACUUUAAGAGACCAACUAUGGGUGGGUGGUUGAAUAUGUUCUUGUGUCGCGUACUGUAAAAAGUACCCGGUGAUCGCACACGCUCCUCGUCACUCUCGGAAAUACUAGAUUCGAGGUAAUCUCCGACUGACAAUUUAAACUAUUUCACUAGGGACAUAAACAUUAUACGAAAUGGUAGGGAGUUUAAUAUCUUGUUUAUUACCCAUAAUCGAUUUUAAAUUAAAUCACUGAUCUCGUUUUUGUUGGCGUUCUUGUAAGGGUUUUGGGCCCCAGUCGUAUGACGUCGAAAGGUUAGUACAUCUUGACGUUCUAGUGAGAUGUAUCACUUUGAAGUUUGAUACGAACCAAUAUAUUUUUAACCAUAUGGGUAGUAAAUGAAUGCUACGUGUUUAUGGAAAACACUUCACAUUUUACGGGUUGCCAUCAUAGGCAAAAUUAACAAAAAACAAGUAUUUAUUUUAACAUUAUAUUAAGUAUACCUAAGAGGUGGGUUUUUAAAAUUAAUUUUUAUUUUUUAUAAAGUACUUUGUAAUGAAUGUUAUUAUAUCCAAGGACGUUACGAAUCAUUUAUGUUGUUCUACACUAUUGGAAUAGUUGAUAAUAUACAUUAUAAAUGCUCGGAUAUUCCUGUUUGUAAUCAAUGUUAUAUAUUACAUCUACAUAUAUGUAAUUAGGUGAGAUGAAAAUAGGAUUUUCUGUCUUCUUUAGGCAAUAAUUGUUUUUUGUUGCUCUUUAUGCUAUUGACUUCGCUGAUCUUUUCGUGGUCGUUUUCUGUUGCUCUUUAUGAUGUGAUUAAUUUUCUUUGCCCAUGGUAAAAUCAGAGCCGCCCUCCAGAACCGCUCAAUACACUACAACAUUAAAUGAAAAUAAGCUAAGUUAUUUGCUUAGAUUGAACUAAAUACAAUUACGACGUCAAAUAUUAAAGGGACAUUCCCGAGUUUGUUGCAUUGUAAGAUGUUUCCAACUAAGAAAAUAUUUUUACGAUUACUUUUACAUAUUAAAUAUAUUUUCUUGUUUAGAAUAUCAG